GGCAGGGGCCGGGUCGGGGCAGGCGGCGGCGGCUCGGCCAUGGUGGGGCGGCUCAGCCUGCGGGAGGUGCCCGACCUCCCGGACAUGAGGAAGAGGGGCGACUCCGGCCUCGACAGCCCCGACUCCGGGCUGCCCCCCAGCCCCGGCCCGGCCCCGCCGCCCUGGCUGCUCUCCUCGGGCAGUCCCGACCGCGCCGCCGCCAACGGGCUCCUGGAGCCCGAGCCGCCCGCGCCCUCCGCCGCGAGUUCCGUGUUCUCCCCCAGCCCCGUUCUCUCCAGCUGCCCUCCAAGAUUGUGUCCUUUAUCCUUUGGUGAAGGAGUUGAGUUUGACCCUUUACCACCCAAGGAAAUAAGGUACACCUCCUCGGUGAGGUACGACUCGGAGAAGCACUUCAUCGCCGACGUGUACCUGCCCGUGGGGCUGAGCGUGGCCUCGUGCAGCCAGACCAUCGUCUGCGUGCCCAACUGCUCGUGGCGCAGCUACAAGGCCGAGGUGCGCUUCGAGCCGCGCCACAGGCCCCGCCGCUUCACCAGCACCACCAUCAUCUACCCCAAGCACGCCAAGACUGUCUACACCACCACGCUGGACUACAACUGCCGCAAGGCCACGCGCAGGUUCCUCUCCAGCGUGGAGCUGGAGACCUCGGAGUGCCUCGGCGCCGACCGCGGCCUGGACGGCUGCUGACCUGUAUGGCGGCUGAGGGCGGCCCGGGCGGCUGCUGACCGUGGCCUGGACAGCUGCUGAGCCCAGCCUGGAUGGCUGCUGACCAUGGCCAUGACAGCUGCUGACCGUGGCCAUGACAGCUGACCCCAGCCCGGAUGGCUGCUGACCGCGGCCUGCACAGCAGCUGACCCCGGCCUGGACGGCUGCUGACCGCGGCCUGCACAGCGGCUGAGGGCGGCCGCCCCCCUCGCUCCGAUCUGCCCCUCACGUACUGUGCUGACUGCACUUGCUAAAAGCAGGCCCAGCCCCUCUCUCUCAGCUCUUCACUCCUGCUUUUAAGCCUCACGGCGGCCCGAGCGUGGUUUUCUGUGGGAAAAUAACUUAGCGAGGGGCUUGGCUCUUCGCCUCCCGAAAGCCGCGAGUUCCCUCCCCUUCCCCGCUGUAAUCAGGUGAAAAUAACAACGGGAAGUGAUUCCCCCAGAGGAAAAGGUGACAGGUAAGGAGGAGUGUGGGGUAGUGGCUGGUAGGUGGAGAUCCAUUUGGUGAUGUGCAGAAAGUAAGGGCUGUUUGCUCUCUUGCUGAGGAUCCAGCAGGUUGUUUGGUUACAUGUAUUGCUGUCAGCCAUUUCAGUUUAGAUCGUGUUUUCUCCAGAAGAACCAUCCCCUGGAAAUUGCUGGAAAAGGCUAAAUUCUGCAUUUAACACCUAAGAAAAUGUUAACGUGUGGCAUUCACAUUUUGUGUGAAGGUGUAAAUUGAGAAGAAGAGAAGUUCUGAGCAGAGUGGGGGAUGAGCUGCUUCUGCAGCUCCAGGCAGCAGAGACAGGACCGUGUGAUUCCAGUUCUUAGGAUGAUGAGGAACCCUUGUUCUGUGUGACACACGAGUGUUUCUGUGCCUGCAGCAGGGCAUGGAACAGAGAAUACCUGGCCAGAAAUUAUCCCUGUGUUGUUGGAUCUUGGUGAUGCGGAGGUGGAAAACCACAAGUGCCUUGUUUUAGCCCACCCAGGCUGUGUGCACUAAGGAGCUGUAAACCAAAGCAAGAUUCAGAUAAAGUGCUGGACAGAGAGACCCAGAAUGGCCAAGGAGGUGCUGGAUGGGUGUGAGACACUGUUGUGGUGGGGUUGGGAGGAGGUAAAAGUACCGAGGGACAGGCAGGUUUGUGGUGCAUAACAAAAUCCACAGCUGCAGCUCUGCUUCCCAGCUGAGCUUGUCAUGGCACAAAUCCGUGUCCUGGGGAUUGGGGAUGUCACUGGGAUGGGGCAGCCUCUGCCUGUCUCCAGGCUGCUGAAAAACCUCUCCUGAGUGUGUGAUGAGUUUGGGGACCAAAGGGAAUAGCUUCAGAUACUAUGAAAGUCUGUCUGGCUGUUACGUGCGUUCGUUUAUCGUGUGCCUUGAUGAAAAUAAGACAGAGAGGUUUCCUUGUUUUCCCAGAUUUUUUUUUUCUUUCCUGUGUUGACAGAGCGUAGUGUGGAGAGCAUCUGCUUUGGGGAGCGUGGGUUGUGCUGGUUUUUUGUGUGGUGUAAUCUCUCAGAAACACCUGAUAGACCUGUCUGAGCUGGACAUGGCUUUUCCAUGUAUUCCAAAACUCCCCCGAGGUGUGGGUGUGCAACACCAGUCCUGGAGCAGCUUUUAAGGAGGACUUGGCAGUGCACAGCCCCAGGGGUGAGUUUUGUCAGUGGCAGCCUCGGGAGGCUGUUCUUGAGCUGUGCUUAGCGUGUGUUUGUGCAAGUGUGAUGGAUGGUGUGGAAGUGAAUCCCAGGGAACUGAAAGGAGUCGGGAGAUGAAGAGUGCAGCAGGAAGGAAACCUUGAGUUUGUAUGGUUUGGGUUUUUUUUUAUUGUUGUUGUUGGGGUUUUUUACUUAUUUAUUAGCUGAGCAAAGAACAUCCUUCACCUUUGGUACUUGCCUCAGAGAGGCAGCUCCCAAAACAAUCCCAGGAUGAGAGAGGACAUGGCCGGGCAGGCAGCGCUCUGGGGUUAAGAGCAGCGCGGCGUCACCUUAAUCACUUUGGUCUCAGGCUGCAAGAGUGGGGAGAUGUGUCUUAAACAGAUGAUGCAAUUCUGCCCUAAGUGUGCCCCAGGAUGUCCUUGUGGUGUAACAGAAGGCCCAGCUCACCCCACAGCCCGUGGGGUUUCACACUCUGCUCCGGGGGUUGCUCCAUCCCUCGCUCCCCGCAGCUGCUGGUCACAGGAUUCUGGGAGAACACGGACCCUGGAUUGCCCCCACAAAUGCUCUCCCAAGGAAUCCACUUGGAAUACAUCUAAGAGGAGGUUGUUUUAAGUUGUAGCCAUUAGCUGUUCCUAGUUAGAAGCAAAGUAACCCACAAAAUACCCCUCACGCUCCCGUUUUAGGAUAAAGCACCUGAUUUUUAUACAGCAAGCAAACUUAAUGUGUACCUCUUAAGAAUAUUUUAAUUGGUAGAGAUACCUUUUAAAUUAUUUAUGUUCCAACAUUUGCAGAGCUCUGAUUAGCUCUGUGCAAGUGUUCUGGUGUCUGUGAUGUUUCCCACCCCCUACUUCUGAUUUUCAAUUUGUCUUUUACUUUAUUGGUAAUAAAUGAUCUGAAAACCA